UAUCCUCACAGUUUGUUGUUUAAAGAAGCGUUCAAAUCAGGGAAAGAUGCUUUUGUACGAAAUUACGAAUCUUACUAUGGCGAAUAGACUUGAUUAAUUAGGUUGUGCGGAAGCUGCUUCCGGGAGCGUGAUAUAAUUAUUAUUCAUGAGCCAAGGUUUCCGGCGACGUCCUCCUUUCAGCCAAUCACUUCGGUCUACUGACCGAGCGUCAUGGAACGUAAUUAAUAUUCAUAAGCCAAGCCAAGCCAAGCCAGAGCAAGGUUUACAUUAUUCUCCACUUGCUGGUCUUCUCCGGGUAAAGAUGGCCACUAGUCCCAAAAGACCCUCACUGGGGGCAGCAGCCCCUCGUAAAAAAGCCAGCCUAAAGCCUGAGCUGACAGAGGAGCAAAGGCAGGAGAUCCGAGAGGCGUUUGAGCUCUUUGACACGGAUGGCUCUGGUUAUAUUGAGGUGAAGGAGCUAAAGGUGGCCAUGAGAGCGCUGGGGUUUGAGCCGAAGAAGGAGGAAAUCAAGAAAAUGACUGGAGAGGUUGAUAAGGAUGCUACUGGAAAGAUCUCUUUCAGUGAUUUCCUGACCGUGAUGACUCAAAAAAUGGUUGAAAAGGACUCCAAGGAAGAAAUUCUUAAAGCUUUUCGGCUGUUUGACGAUGACGAGACCGGAAAAAUAUCUUUCCGGAAUCUAAAGAGAGUGGCCAAGGAGCUCGGGGAAAACCUCACAGACGAGGAGCUGCAGGAAAUGAUCGAUGAAGCAGACCGAGAUGGUGAUGGAGAAGUUAACCAGCAGGAAUUUCUUCGCAUCAUGAAGAAAACAAGUUUGUACUGAAUGUUAUCAGAAGCACAGGAGUAUGAGAAAUAUUCUCUUCUAUGUAAACAUUUUCAAGUUUUUUGUUUUUUUUUAUGAUUUCGCCGUUUUAUGCACCGUACCAUUCCAAGACCUUGAUGCCCGUCAAGCCCGGUGGUCAUUUCAGAUCGGUGUGGGUUUGCCAAAUAGCAAAACGUCAGUUGUUUACACUCUAUAUUCUUAUCAGUAAAGAUAUAAACAGUAGCAUGUAAUUCAAAUAUUGGUGUGUGGUAUGCACUGAAAUAUUUUGUGAAUCUGUCAUAACAUGGUUAAAUCUCACCUAGAAAGCAAAUGUUUUGGGGUCAUAUUUCAAAAUAAAU